AUGGCAGAUGUUAAUUCAAGCACAGCACGUCAGUCAGAACAAGCAAAUAGCACGGCACAGCUUGAGCCGCUUCUCAAUACGCUCAUCGAUGAGAUCCGCGACCUCAAACGCGUCAGCAUCAAAAUCGCGACGCAACGGCCGCACAAGACACAAUUCAUCUGGUCGGUCCUGCUCCAAGUCUUUGCACUGUUCAUCGGAUUCGUCUUUGGUAUCUUCGCGAUUCUAGCAUGGCUUGCUGCAAGAACGGCGAAUGAUAUUGCUACGGAUUCAAAGCUUGUGGGCGUGCAGAACAAUCAAUUGGCGUUGAUGACAUACUGUCUGACCAUUCCGGAUGUCAACUCUUCGGAUGUCUGUGUGGCCAUUCAAGGCUUGCAGCGAUCACAGAUUGGUGUGGUUGCAUAUGAGACUUUUGGAUCACUGUUAUAUGCGGACGGGCCGAGUAAUGGGAGCGCAAACACACCUUCCGGCUCGGGUCAUUCGAAGCUAGGAGGGGGUGCUAUCGCCGGAAUCGUCCUGGGUGCUAUCUCGGGCGUCGCACUAAUCAUGACGAUAUCCACGACCUUGUUCAAGCGUCGGAUGACCAGCAUGGAACAUCUUCAGACAUAUCUUGAACAGACUGACCCCAGACCAAUGCGCAACAUCCCGGCACCGAAAGCCUCUGAGAUGGAGACUGAGAGUCCACCGCCGUCACCCUCGGCUUAUGGUUCGCCGUCACAUGAUCCGCCUGGCGACCCGACAGCCCAUUAG